AUGGAGGACAAUGCUAAGGCGUAUGAUCAACUAUUAAGUAAGACACAAUACGAAUCUGGAUGUAAAUUCAUCAGUGAAUUUAUAAACCUCUGCCCAGGAGAUAAAGUGCUAGACAUGGGUUGUGGUACAGGCCAAAUCACUAAAUAUAUCGCUGAUAUCGUUGGCCCUGAUGGUCAGGCGGUCGGAAUCGAUCCCGAUACUGCGAGAAUCAAAAUUGCUGAAGAAAAAUAUAAAGAAGCGAGUCACCUUCAGUUCCAUGUUGGUUCCAGUGUCACUGCAUUUCCACACGAUAAUGAGCUGUAUUACGACGUACACCUUAGCACAUCAGCAUUUCACUGGUUGUCUAACGAAGAAAAACCAAUUUACAUCCAGAAAGCGUACGAUUGUCUGAAACCAGGUGGAAGAUUAGCUAUCUGGUGUGUCGAGGUGCCGCUAGAUAUUAAUGUACUGGGAUUGCCAGUAAAUGAGGCGAAAAACAGGUUUCAACUCACUUUAAUUAUAAAAUAUACGGAAAAUUACAAAAUAGUAAUUAGUGGUAAAACACUGUUUUCCUUCGCACGCCAUAUUAGCUCUCAUGCGCAUGCUCUAACAAAACGUAAAAAACAUCGUUCAAAAGGCGAUCGCAGAGAUUAUUGUCUACAACUUUACUACAACCCAAUACACCGGAAGGACUGGGGUCGAUGCGAUCGCGUCUUAAAAUCUGAAUGUAAAUUUCUCUAA